GAGUGCGAACUCCAAAAACCCCUCAAGUCGGAGAAGAAGAAGAGGGAAGAACAUUCGUUUGCUUCAAAAACCUUACGCAGAGCUUCUCUCUCGAUUCAGAGAAAAGCUUCAGUCAAUUCAUGGCGUCCGUUGAUUCGCGGCAUUCCAUUUCUUUAACUCCUAUUGCAUUGGAAGACUCUUACGAAGGGGAGCAUGUUGAAACCAACGAUUACUACUUCGAAAAGAUCGGCGAACCUGUUCCUGUCAAGCUCAAUGACUCCAUUUUUGAUCCUGGAAGUCCUCCUUCCCAGCCUCUUGCUGUGUCUGAGAGUUUUGGUCUUAUAUUCGUUGCCCAUUUGUCUGGGUUUUUUGUGGUGAGGACCACGGAUGUAGUUGCUUCAGCUAAGGAGAUGAAAAACGGGGGAACUGGUUCUUCAAUCCAGGAUUUGAGUAUUGUGGAUGUUUCCGUCGGGAAAGUUCAUGUUCUUGCACUUUCCAAUGAUAAUUCUUUUCUUGCUGCCGUCGUAGCUGGUGAUGUUCAUCUUUUUUCAGUUGACUCGCUGCUUGAUAAGGCUGAAAAACCCUAUUUCUCUUGUUCAACAACUGAUUCCAGUUGCAUCAAAGACUUCAAAUGGACCAGAAAGCCGGAAAAUUCUUAUCUGGUUCUUUCAAAACAUGGAAAGUUAUACCAAGGAUCGGCUAGUGUUCCUUUUAAACAUAUCAUGCACGAUAUUGAUGCUGUUGAAUGCAGUGUGAAAGGAAAAUUCAUUGCUGUGGCUAAAAAGGACACUCUUUCCAUUUUCUCAUAUAAAUUCAAGGAACGACUGUCCAUGUCACUCUUGCCAAGUUCAGGGAAUGGUGACACUGAUACGGACUUUGCAAUGAAAGUUGACUCUAUCAAGUGGGUUCGUGCUGAUUGUAUCAUUAUAGGAUGCUUUCAAGUAACUGCAACAGGCGAUGAAGAAGAUUACUUUGUCCAAGUUAUCAGAAGUAAAGAUGGAAAAAUUACUGACGUUUCCUCAAAUAAAGUCCUUUUAUCGUUCCAUGAUAUAUAUUCAGGUUUCACUCCAGACAUUUUGCCUGUUGAAACUGGGCCUUGUUUAUUAUUGAGUUAUUUAGAUAAAUGCAAGCUCGCAAUUGUUGCCAAUAGGAACAAUACAGAUCAGCAUAUUGUGUUGCUUGGUUGGUUGCAAGAGGUUGAGAAUGAAGUUGCUGUUAUUGAUAUUGAAAGAGAUAAGUCACUCCCGAGGAUUGAGCUUCAAGACAACGGUGACGAUAAUUUGGUAAUGGGGCUGUGCAUUGAUCGAGUUUCUCUCCCUGGAAAGGUGGAAGUCCAAGUUGGAAAUGAAGAGAUUAGAGAAGUCUCGCCAUAUUGCACUCUCUUGUGUCUUACUCUAGAGGGAAAACUCCUUCUGUUUCAUUUUUCUAGUGCUAAUGAAUCUGAAGCUUCAGAUGAGACUGUUUCUGCUUGUGAUGAGGAAGAGGAAGACGAUACUGUAGUGCCUACUGAUGAUCAGCCUCAGCUCUUUUCUAAUAUUGAUCAGCGUCCAGUAUCUGAAGUAGAUGAGAGUCCAGUUAUUACCAGAGAGAGUAAUGCUAAAAGCCAGCAAAUGGAUUCUUUUGCUUUUUCACAACCAUUGAAGCCUUCUACCUUGGAGAGACCCAACAACGAGAUUGGGAAUUUCACUAAGCCUGUUAAAAGUUUUACUGGUCUUGGAUCUGUUGCUUUUUCGGGGCAAUCUGUGGACGUGCCUAGCCAAUCAUUGAAGUCUUCUAUCUUGGAGAGACCCAACAAUGAGAUUGGGAAUUUUAAUAAGCCUUUUCAUAAAUUUACUGGUCUCGGAUCUGUCGCUUUUUCGGGGCAAUCUGUGGACAUGGCUAACCAAUCGUUAAAGCCUUCUUUCUUGGAGAGACCCAACAAUCAGAUUGGGAAUUUUGAUAAGCCUGUUCAGAAAUUUACUGGCCUUGGGUCUGUUGCUUUUUCGGAGCAAUCGGCGGAUGUUCCUAGCCAUCCCUUUCUCAAUGUUAAAGAGUCAACAAUAAAGCAAAGUUCAGGUGCUGCAAAUGCUUUCACAGGUUUUGCUGGAAAGCCUUUUCAACCGAAGGAUGUUCCAAGUACAUUAACACAAAGUGGGAGACAAGUAAGUGCAGGUGCUGGUAAAAUUGAAUCUUUACCAGUGAUACAAAGCUCGCAAGUAUCUUUGCAAGACAACUUCUCGUUGGGUAAAAUUUCUAACAAGAAGCAAGAUGGUUCAGAGCGAAAUUACGGCAACGUCCCCUUGGCAAAACCAAUGACUGAAAUGUGCGAAGGGCUGGACAUGCUUCUAGAAUCUAUAGAAGAGCCGGGUGGUUUUUUGGAUGCCUGCACUACUUUCCAGAAAAGCUCCGUUGAAGCUUUGGAGCUUGGCUUAGCCACUCUUUCAGAUCAAUGUCAAAUAUGGAGGCGCACAAUGACUGAGCGUGCACAGGAGGUACAAAAUCUCUUUGACAGAACGGUUGAAGUUUUGUCAAAGAAAACAUACAUUGAAGGUAUUGUUACGCAAGCUUCUGACAGCAACUAUUGGGAACAUUGGGAUCGCCAAAAGUUAAGUUCUGAAUUAGAGCUAAAACGACAGCGCAUUUUGCAGAUGAAUCAGAAUAUGACUAACCAGUUAAUUGAGUUAGAAAGGCAUUUUAAUGGCCUUGAGCUGAAUAAGUUUGGUGGAAAUGAGGAAAUUCAAGUUAACGAAAGAACUCUUCAAAGGAAAUUUGGAUCUUCGAGGCAAAGUCAUUCCUUACAUAGUUUGAAUAACAUAAUGGGAUCUCAAUUAGCAGCAGCUCAACUUCUUUCUGAUAAUCUAUCAAAACAAAUUGCUACACUCAAUAUCGAAUCGCCUUCUUCAAAAAGGCAGAGUAUCACGAAGGAAUUGUUCGAGACUAUUGGAAUUACUUAUGAUGCUUCUUUCAGUUCCCCAAAUGUGAAUAAAAUUCCAGAAACUUCUAGUAAGAAGCUUUUACUUUCUGCUGAUUCUUUUUCAAGUAAAGAUACAUCGAGAAGGAAACAGCGGAGUGGAGCGAAAAUUUCUGAAACGGAAACCGGGAGAAGGAGAAGAGACUCACUUGACAGGAACCUGGCUAGCGUUCAACCUCCGAAAACCACCGUUAAGCGGAUGAUCUUGCAAGGAACACCAUUGUCCAAUGAGAAACAAUUUCGUUCUCCCACUCUUGAAGGACCAGCAACCAUUGCUCGUCCAGCUAGUCGCAUACCAUCGUCUAUGCUAUCAUCAUCAUCCAAAAAUGCAGAACAAGGCUCCAAGAACCCCGCAACGCCUUUCUCAUGGGCUAGCCCUCCUAGACAGAAAUUCCAACCACUGCAAAAAACUAAUGGUACAGCACCAUCUUCUCUGCCAGUAUUCCAAUCAUCUCAUGAAAUGGUGAAAAAAAGUAAUAGUGAAGCGUACAGUGCGGCUUCAGAAAACAAAUUUGCAGAGGUCACUUAUCCUGAGAAGUCAAAAGCUUCUGAUUUCUUCUCACUCGCUAGAAGCGACUCGGUCCAGAAAUCUAAUAUGAACUUCGAGCAGAAAUCAUCUAUCUUCGUAACAUCAUCUAAACCGAUGUCCACACCGAAAGAUUCCAUUGAAACCUUGAAUCCGAACAGUCAGAAAACUGCUAACGUAAAGGAGAGGCUUACAACUCCAAGUCCACUUUUUGGAUCUGCCAAUAAGCCGGAACCUGUAUCUGUUGGUACGACAUCUUCUUUGGUUCCGACCGUUGAUGGACUGAGAAAGACUGAAGAAAAAAAACCGCCGACCGUGUUUUCACCAUCAGUUCCAGCACCAGCACCUGUAAAUACUCCUCCAAGUGCGUCGACUUUAUUUUCGGGAUCUCCGCUAAGCAAAUCAUUUCCAAGUCCUGCUGCUGUUGUAGAUCUCAAUAAACCUCUGUCAACAUCAACCCAAUCGAGCUUCGCCUCUCCGGUUGUUUCUGUUUCUGAUUCCCUAUUUCAGGCACCUAAGAUGGUAUCACCACCAUCUAAUCUAUCUUCCUUGAAUCCUACAUUGGUGUCCUCGAGUAAAGAACAACCGAUGCCGAAAUCAGAUGCCGAUACUGAAAAGCAAGCACCGGCUUCAAAGCCCGAGUCCCGUGAACUGAAGCUUCAACCUUCUGUAACACUUGCUGUUGGAAAUCAUGUAGAGCCAACUUCUGUAACCCAGACGGUUUCCAAAGAUGUGGGAGGACAUGUUCCAUUUGUAGUAGCGGAUGCUCAACCACAACAGUCACCUGCUGCUUUUGUUCCAUUACCUACACCAAACUCGACUUCUAAGGCUGCUGCAAAUGGUAAAAGUGAAACUUCAGAUGCUUUGAUUACUCAGGAUGACGAUAUGGACGAGGAGGCCCCAGAGACGAAUAACGUCGAGUUUAGUUUGAGCAGCUUGGGAGGAUUUGGAACUACCUCUACGCCUAUGUCGAAUGCUCCUAAACCAAAUCCAUUUGGUGGUUCGUUUGGCAAUGUGAAUGCAACCUCAAUGAAUUCUUCCUUUACUACGGCUUCUCCUCCAAGUGGAGAGUUGUUUCGGCCUGCAUCGUUUAGCUUCCAAUCUCCGCUGGCUUCACAAGCAGCAUCACAACCGACGAAUGCAGUUGCGUUCUCUGGUAGCUUUGGCUCUGGAAUGGCUACUCAAGCUCCCGCUCAAGGCGGGUUUGGUCAGCCUGCUCAGAUUGGAGUAGGGCAGCAAGCACUGGGUACUGUUCUUGGUUCAUUUGGACAAUCAAGACAGCUUGGUCCUAGUCUACCUGGAACUGCUUCAGGAUCCCCUGGCGGUUUUAAUGGUGGUGGCUUUACUAGUGUGAAACCUGUUGGUGGUGGUUUUGCUGGUGUUGGUUCAGGUGGUGGCGGUGGUUUUGGUGGUGGUGGUUUCAGUGGCGGUGGUUUUGCUGGUGCAGCCUCUACCGGUGGAGGAUUUGCUGGUGCUUCUCCCCCAACGGGAGGUUUUGCAGGUGCUACCGGUGGAGGUUUUGCAGGUGCUGCAGGCGGAGGUUUUGCAGGUGCUGCAGGCGGAGGUUUUGCCGGUGCUGCAGGUGGAUUCGGGGCGUUCGGCAACCAGCAAGGAAGCGGCGGGUUCUCGGCUUUUGGCGCUGCUCCGGGUGGUUCAGGAGGAACUGGAAAACCUCCUGAACUUUUCACCCAGAUUAGAAAGUAGUUUCAUAUUCACCAUUGACAGACUUCAGGAGAAGGUAUGUACAUUAAAUUUUGGUAAACUCAAAAGUAGAAAAAAAUUCAGGUGUGUAUUUUAUUGCUUAAGCAUUCCAAUGAUGUAUUAUUAGUUAGCAAUAUGAUUUAAAUAUUCCUAUCUUUCC